AUGCAUCGUCUCAUUGCAAUGCCCCGACGCGACGUAGAGCCAUCAGGUACCCAUGGACCUCACCAAUCCGCCCGUCCUGUCCGCAACGUUCCUGGCCCAGGAUCAAGCCUAUUCAGGUUCACUGAGUUGCCUCCUGAGAUGUGUCUAUUGAUCAUCGAAAACUGCAGUCCAUACGACCUUGUUCAACUCAACGCGACCUCCAAGGUCAUCCGCAGCUUCAUAGGCUCUCAUCAGUAUCUAUGGGAGCGCUCCCUGCUAAACCUUAAACGUGGAAACUGUGACGCGGUACCCUCCCCUCCCCGUAUUCAAGCAACAGGCAACUACUCAGUCACGGCAUACAUCGCUUGGAUCUUUGGAGGUGGCUCGUGUUCGAUUCGCAACUGUUCUCGUGCUACUCAUAAUCUGCCUUGGUCCUUCAUAUUGGGACUGAGAGCGUGCUCGAGAAGUUGUCAGGAGAUGUUGAUGUCCAAGGACUAUAUCUUUUUUGAUGUCGCCCACAUAUACGACGACAGUCUGCUGAGUCGCUGGCUGCCUCAUCUCGUCAUCGAAACCCCCCAAACCCCAAUUCCCAUUCAUGCCUAUCUUAGAAAAUUACUCACUGCUGCCCGCCACGAACUCCAUUGUGCUGAGCGCGUCAACCCAAAACCAAAGAGAAAGAGCUCGGAGAAGCAUAACCCUUUUGCUUUGCGUGACCUGUAUGAGGACUAUCCCAAGCGACAAGAUGCUCGUCUGUUGCUAGAAGAGAAUGCUCGAAGACUCACCGAAUGGGUUGGGAACUAUCUGAAGGAGAAGGUCAUGGUCAUCAAGGCCAACACAGACUUUCUUCGAGCAACUGUUUCUGGGAGCCAAACAGAGCUGAACUUGAACCGCGUCCUUCAAACGCCGACCCUGGGACGGCUGCUCCAUGCCUUCAACAGAGACCUUGAGAUCCUAACACCAAGUGUGUGGGAACAGAACCGAGACGCGAUAAUGACCGAAUUGGCGACUACCCCCCACAUCAAAGAUCUUCAUUGCUCAAGCUCAAAGCUCUCUGAUUGCACAAGCUCUCAUCCGUCCGACCAAGGCAAACGCCGCUGUCCUGAUUGCCCGAGAUCCUCCCGUCUAUACUCUACACACGCUUUGCGCGACCAUCGUUCUGCAAAGCAUGCAUCGGCGGCCAAGUGUUAG